AUUCUACGCGGAUUUGUAAGUGGUGUCUUGAUCGCGGACGCACCGUUACUUUGUUAGUUAAUUUUGAUAGCUGUUGGCGAGCGGUUGCGCGCGCUCCACACAGGUAACAACAAGAUCAAAACUAAAACGACUUAGCUUCUGAUUAGCAAUUAACGUUGUAGACCCCGCCACGAGAAACUACUAACAGUGGGUGACAAUUGAGCGAAAACAAUAACCAAAUCAAGCCGAAAAUAAAAAAACAAAAACGCUAACACAAUCUAAACAAAUAAGUUUGCGCUAACUUACUGUAAACGCUUACGGGCGCUCAGUCGUAAAGGUGAAAAAAACUGUCGAUUGCGAAACCGAAAAUUAUUUGUUAUAAUUGGAAAACACUGGAAAAUUUCGCAGCUGUCACAAGAAAAAAUCCAACGGUGUUUGUGCAAAAGUGAGUGUCAGUGAUUUUCGCGAAAUAACAGAAAAAUAAAACAACAACAACAAAGUGCUGGCCAAGGUAUGACGGAACGUUGUAGUGAAGUAAAGUGCUUUUCGCAAUCAAAAAACGUCGCAAUUUAGACACACAAAGUGACCACAAUAAUAAAAUUAGACUGCAAGUGUGUGCAAACAGUGGACGUGAGUUUACAACUUCAAAGCAAUAUUUCGCAAAUAUUUGAAAUUGGCAUAGUGCAAAGUGCGCUGAGUACAAAAUUUAACUAAAUAAUUGGCGGAAACUCUGCACCAAAAGUAUACUCAAUCAUUUUUGCAAAGAAAUCGCAAAAGUUCUGUGAGCAUUGAUUUAUUAAACGGCUUAGCUAAGCGUUACGCGCCAUCAAAAAAACAACAAUCAGCACAAAUAUUUUGUGAUUUAAUUUACUCCUUUGAUAAGACUGAAAAGCUUCGGCUUUCACAAACGGCCACAAAAUACUGCCAACACGCAAACGUAGUUCACAACAACAAAGUGUUAACAAAAUGAUUUCGCGUCGAAAAAUUAUAUCACGCUCCCUCGACAAUCUAGAUAUGAUACCAAAUGUCGAAGAGGAAGAGGAUGUGUGGUAUAACAAGGAGAAACUCUUUAGGGAUCACAUCAACGAAGUGCUCAGCAAAUGGGAACAAAUCGAUGAUGAGAUUUGGGCGAAGAUAAUAGUAUUCGAAAAGAAUCGACGAGUGGCCAAAGCGUAUGCCCGAUCUUCGGUCAUCACCAUAAAUGGAGGAAAGAAUGGCUUUGACGGCGUGAGAAUUGGGUUGAGCGGUUUCGAGAACCCCAUGCGAGACGCGGAUACAAAACUUGUAAAAAAAUCGGUCGGUGAAGGUUUCAAAAUUAAAAUGGACGAUAUUGGAAACAUACUGGUCAAGCGUUAUGGCAAGAGUAAUGUCUUCGUGCACAAUACCUCAAUGGUCAACGAGGAGACAGUCAUUGGCGGCGACAUACUUCAAAUGCCGAAUCUGGCGCUGACGGCAGGCACAUCCGCUAAGCUUUUUGACAUGCGCAAAUAUACAACCAACAUAAAUCGCGAGUUCUCACGUUCAUAUCCAGAGAGUAGACGUCUGGAACGUCAAUGCUUGUCGGCCAUAUCAUUAGUCAAAUCGAAUAACAAUCUAAUCAAUAACCCGCUUUGGAUUCUGGUCAUAAAUGUAGUCGCAAUUGAUAUGCUGAAGAAUCGUCUGCAGGCACUGCCCAAAUCGGUGGAUGCGGUGGGUACGCGUAUACCAAUAGCGGGCAGCGAAGAUCCAUAUUCGACCAUUGAGAGUCAGGUCGGCCUUAUUUAUCCCACUCCUGCCGCGUCCGAUGACUCGAAUAAUUCGAAUAACUCGAACAAUUCAAGCCAGUCGAGCAAAGGACGCCGCAGCGUUUACAAUACAGGAUUCAUUGAUGACAGUCCAUAUGUGCCAAAGCCCGAUUAUGAAGUAUACAACCAAUCAGUGCCAAUGCUCACAUCAAAACCGAAAAGCAAACCUGAACUACGUAAGAAACAAGAUGACCCCUACUAUUGCGGUUUGCUUGCCCGUAUACCGAAUUUUAUCAAAUCCUCAAAGAAGUGUCCCAAUAAGAAGGAGGCGAAAAUAUCGCGUAAGAUUUCUGCAUCACAACAACAAAUAGUCGAACCACAGCCAGCACAGCCGCUGCCCAUUGCCACAUUCCACCAGUAUCCGGCUCACCAACCACCAUAUUACCCAUACAAACUACUGCAUGCGCGACAUCAUAGACUCUCCCAAUCGCAGCUGUCAUUGUGGGAUGCGCGCAGCAUGAUUAGCGCACAUGAGUAGGGAUGGCAGUGCGCUGGCGCGAGGCGGACGCAUUGGGAUUAUGGCAAAUAAAACUGGGAAAUUUGCGUCGUUACAACUUUCAACGAAAGCAUUUUCUGUAGAGAUGCAUGUGAUUUCUUCUUAAAUCAGUAAACAUAAGUAAAUAUGUAUUUGUUAGUAAUCAAGCAACGCCAGAACGGUUCCAAUUUGUGAUUACUUGUCUGCAGUCCCAUUCUGUUGCAUGCAUGCUUGUUUAUGUGUACACUACAAGCAAUAUUAGUAAAAGUUGCAAAUUUAUUUAUUUAUAAGAAUCAUUUUAGUGAAGCGGUUGCGUGGAUGUGUAGCACCAUACGAUAUUGCCAUAAUUGUUUGAUUUUUUCUAGCCCUUGACAUAUCAAACCUCCUUACGUAACGUACAUACAUGCAUAUAGCAUGAGUAGAUAUCUUUUUUCUAAAAUGAAGACUGAAAUAUGUCCUAGCAUUAUUCACACUACAAAUACAAUGCAAAGUUCAAUUUUAUAAUGUGUAUGAAAUGUAUGAGUAAUUGCAUUAUGAUUAAAUUCAAAGUACUCGUAAUCAAACAAGUACGUUUAUAUAAUUGUGUGAGACUCUAUCAAAGUAAUGAAUAUUUAUGUUUAAGUUAAGAUUACGUUCUUAGUAUAACAUUUAAGUA